AAAGGCUUGUUGAAUUGGGACAUUAAAAAAAAAGAAGAAGAAGAAGAAGAAGAAAAUAGUGCCCCAGCAUCAGUGGAGCGUUACGGCUGUAACGUAUUCGGGCGAGCCGAGGACUCCGUUUAAUAUACUCCAUUAUUUUAGUGCUGUUUAUUUGUAUUAAAGUAACGUCAAGCGUUGACGUGCGCGGAGCGGAAACGUAACGUGCGGCAGUUGGCGGAGCGGCGCGCUCCGUUGGCUAAAACAAAGCGGACCCUCAGAACAGUUUUUAAGCUAACGUCUCAGUGACCGUUUUUACUUUGUGAAAAGAGGACUGUUUUUUCGGGCCGAUGUCACUCUGAAUCAACGGAAACUUGAGUUUUAGCAUCAACACGAGAUGGAUCUGCGGUUACUUUUGAUAGCAACGUUGUCAGCGGUCCUCGGUGGCAGUUGGGCUCAGCAAGAGGGAAGCGAAUGCAUCAAGGCGAACGCACAGUCGUGUGGGGAAUGCAUCCAGGUCGCCGAGACGUGCGGAUGGUGCGCGGCUGAAAAGUUCCUCACUGAGGGUCAGUCCAAGUCGGCCCGUUGUGACGAUCUGGAGUCCCUGAAGAAGAGGAAUUGUGCCGUGACCACUAUUGAGAACCCGCGAGGAAGCGUCAACAUCAACAAGAACAAGCCCGUCACCAACCGCAACAAGGACGUGGCCGAGAAACUGAAGCCGGAGCAGAUCACCCAGAUCCAGCCCCAGAAACUCACCCUGACGCUCAGAUCUGGUGAACCCCAGACCUUUGAGCUGAAAUUCAAGCGUGCAGAGGACUACCCCAUUGACCUCUACUACCUUAUGGACCUCUCCUUCUCCAUGAAAGAUGAUUUGGAAAACGUCAAGAACCUCGGCACUGACCUCAUGAGGGAAAUGCAGGAGAUCACCUCAGACUUCCGGAUCGGUUUUGGCUCUUUCGUGGAGAAGACGGUCAUGCCUUACAUCAGCACCACACCAGCCAGGCUCAUCAACCCCUGCACGGGGAACCAGAACUGCACCAGCCCCUUCAGCUACAAGAACGUCCUGAAUCUGACGGACAAGGGAGACGAGUUCAAUCGCCUGGUCAGUCAGCAGCAGAUCUCGGGGAACCUGGACUCUCCAGAGGGGGGCUUCGAUGCCAUCAUGCAGGUGGCGGUCUGUGAGAACCAAAUCGGCUGGAGGAAUGUGACUCGUCUGCUGGUGUUUUCCACCGAUGCCGGUUUCCACUUCGCUGGAGACGGCAAACUGGGCGGCAUCGUCCUGCCCAACGACGGCAGGUGUCACCUGGAGAACAACAUGUACACCAUGAGCCACUACUAUGACUAUCCCUCCAUCGCCCAUUUGGUUCAGAAACUGAGCGAUCACAACAUCCAGACCAUCUUUGCCGUCACGGAGGAAUUCCAGCCUGUUUACAAGGAGUUGAAAAAUCUCAUUCCUAAAUCGGCCGUUGGCACGCUGUCCUCCAACUCCAGCAACGUCAUCAAACUCAUCAUUGACGCUUACAACUCUUUGUCAUCUGAGGUCAUUCUGGAAAACGGCAGGCUGCCAGAUGGAGUCUCCAUGAACUACAAGUCCAUCUGUAAGAACGGCGUGGAGGGAACCGGGGACAACGGCAGGAAGUGCUCCAACAUCUCCAUCGGUGACGAGGUGUCCUUCAAGAUUUCCAUUGAAUCCAAGAAGUGUCCAUCGCAUGGCAAGGCUGAGAUCAUUAAGAUUAAACCCCUGGGCUUCACCGAGGAGGUGGAGGUCGUCCUGAACUUCAUCUGCAACUGCCAGUGCGCCGCCAAAGGAAAGCCCAACAGCGAGAUGUGCCACGAGGGCAACGGGACCUUUGAGUGCGGAUCCUGCAAGUGUAAUGACGGCCGUAUCGGGCGUCUCUGCGAGUGCAGUAAAGACGAGGUGCGGACGGAGGACCUGGAUGCCAACUGCCGAAAAGACAACGGCACGGACAUCUGCAGCAACACUGGCGACUGCGUGUGCGGCACCUGCGAGUGCAAGAAGCGGGAGAUUCCCACGGAGAUCUACACCGGCAAGUACUGCGAGUGCGACAACUUCAACUGCGACCGCUCCAACAACAAGCUCUGCGGAGGACACGGCCGCUGUGACUGCAGGAAGUGCGUCUGCGACGCCAACUACACGGGCAGCGCCUGCGACUGCUCCUUGGAGACGGCCACCUGCCUCGCCAAGAACGGCCAGAUCUGCAACGGCCGCGGUACUUGUGACUGUGGGAGCUGCAAAUGCACCAAUCCCAAAUUCCAGGGUCCAACCUGCGAGAUCUGCCCCACCUGCCCCGGCGUCUGCGCUGAGCACAAAGAUUGCGUGCAGUGCCGAGGAUUCGAGGCCGGUGAGAAGAAGGACACGUGCCAGGACGAGUGCAACUACUUCCAGCUGAUCAAGGUGAAGGACCGCGACAAGCUGCCCCAGCCCACCGACCAGAGCUUCCCGCUGACCCACUGCAAGGAGCGCGACGCCAACGACUGCUGGUUCUACUACACCUACGCCAUCCGGAACGAGACCAAGGAGGUGUACGUGGUGGAGACGCUGGAGUGCCCGGCGGGACCCGACAUCAUCCCCAUCGUGGCAGGUGUGGUCGCCGGCAUUGUGCUGAUCGGCCUCGCCCUGCUGCUCAUCUGGAAGCUGCUCAUGAUCAUCCACGACCGGCGAGAGUUCGCCAAGUUUGAGAAGGAGAAGAUGAACGCCAAGUGGGACACGGGGGAGAAUCCGAUCUACAAAAGUGCCGUAACAACUGUCGUCAAUCCAAAGUACGAGGGCAAAUGAUGGAGCUUUGCCUUCCUUGUGACAACACUGUAUGGAAAGGAAUAUAG